AUGCCGUUUGGCCUAAAAAACGCAGGGGCAACAUAUCAGAGGCUGAUGAACAAGAUAUUCCACGACCUUAUAGGCAGGACAGUGGAAGUCUAUGUCGACGACAUCCUCGCGAAAACGAUGCGACCCGACGACUUCCUUGAGGAUCUGGCAAAUGUAUUCGCGUCUCUCCGGCAACACGGCAUGAGGCUGAAUCCACUCAAAUGUGCCUUCGCCAUGGAAGCUGGCAAGUUCCUAGGAUUUAUGAUAACUCAGAGAGGGGUAGAAGCUAACCCGGAGAAGUGCCAAGCGAUACUCCAGAUGAAGAGCCCGGGUUGUAUCAAGGACGUCCAAAGGUUGGCGGGGCGGCUGACCUCAUUAUCCCGGUUUCUCGGGGAAUCGGCGACAAAGGCCCUACCAUUCUUUAACCUCAUGAAGAAAGGGAUGGCGUUCGAGUGGACGCCCGCAUGUGAUGAAGCCUUUCGGCAUUUCAAGGAAAUCCUGGCGGCUCCACCUGUGCUCGGGAAGCCAAAGGACGGGGAGCCGUUAUACCUAUACCUCGCCAUAACAGGAGAAGCCCUGGCCACAGUUCUGGUGCGGGAAGAAGGAAGGGCUCAACAGCCAGUCUAUUUCAUAAGCAGAGCCCUGCAAAAGGCAGAGUUAAGGUACAGCAAACUGGAAAAGCUAGCUCUAGCACUCUUGACCUCCUCACGAAGGUUAAAGCAAUACUUCCAAAGUCACCAGGUUGUCGUAAGAACGGACCAGGAAAUCCGGCAAGUACUUCAAAAACCCGACUUGGCGGGUAGAAUGAUGACUUGGUCCAUCGAACUUUCCCAAUACGACAUACGAUACGAACCCCGACAAGCCAUCAAGGCGCAGGCGAUGGCAGAUUUUCUGGUAGAAGUAACGGGGGAUCCAACCGAAAAGACGAGCACACGGUGGAAGCUCCACGUGGACGGAGCCUCCAACCAGACAUUUGGGGGCGCCGGGAUCAUCCUGGAAAGCCCGGUUGGGGUAGUAUACGAGCAGUCGAUCAGGUUCGAAUUUCCCAUCUCGAACAACCAGGCAGAAUACGAAGCGCUUAUAGGGGGCUUAACCCUAGCAGCGGAAGUCGGAGCAACAAGGCUGGAAAUAUGCAGCGAUUCUCAGGUCGUCACCUCCCAAUUAAACGGGAGCUACCAAGCCAAAGACUCGUUAUUACAAAAGUACUUGGAAAAAGUCAAAAACUUAAGCCAAAAAUUUGAGGAGGUCACGGUCCACCACGUUCCUAGAGAAAGGAACACACGGGCAGAUCUCCUAUCAAAGUUGACCAGCACUAAACCGGGAGAAGGCAACCGGUCUCUCAUCCAAGGUAUGACGAGAGAGCCAGCGGUCACUUUGCACGUAUCAAGGAUGGGCUCUUCAUGGCUAGACCCUAUCACCAGCUUCCUAGAAAAUGGCAAACUCCCUGGCGACGAAAAAGAUGCGGCGAAACUGAGAAGGGAAGCAGCCAAAUACGCGGUCAUCCAAGGACAGCUAUUCAAGAAAGGACUCAACCAGCCCCUGCUGAAGUGCUUACAUCCCGACCAAACGGACUACGUCCUCAGGGAAGUCCAUGAAGGCUGCUGCGGGCACCACAUAGGAGGUAAGGCCCUGGCGAGAAAAUUAAUUCGAGCCGGAUACUAUUGGCCGUCAAUGAUGGCAGACUCCAAGGAGUUCGUAAAAAAAUGUGUGAAGUGUCAAGAGAACGCCAAUUUCCACAGGGCACCGGCCUCCGAGUUAAGCCUGUUAACGUCCUCCCGGCCAUUCUCUCAAUGGGGAGUAGACCUUUUGGGACCCUUCCCAGUGAUAACGCGAUUCGGGAUUCCAGAAGUCGUCAUCUCGGACAACGGCACGCAGUUUACCGACAAGAAGUUCACGAAAUUCCUCACCGGCCUGGGUAUAAGACAGAGGUUCUCCUCGGUAGAGCACCCCCAUACAAACAGACAGGUGGAGUCCGCGAACAAGAUUAUCCUCUUAGUGCUGAAGAAGCGAUUGGAUAAUAAAAAGGGUGCUUGGGCCGACGAACUAGCCUCGGUCCUCUGGUCUUACCGAACAACCGAACAGUCCUCCACUAAGGAGACUCCUUUCCGACUAACAUAUGGGUUACUUUUGAAAGGAGUGGAGGAAGCCGUGGAAAAGGACCUGAUAGAUGAAGCCAGAGAAAGGGCCCAUUUGACAGAGAUAGCGCUAAAACAAAGAAUGGCCCUACGCUACAACACCAAAGUGCUCAAAAGGGAAUUCGAGCCGAACGAUCUCGUCCUGAGGCGAAACGACAUCGGCCCACCGACCCCUGGAGCGGGCAAAUUGGCGGCAAACUGGGAAGACCCCUAUAGAAUCAAAGAAGCGAUGGGUAAAGGCGCUUUCAAGUUAGAAAGGCUAAAUGGUAAGGAAGUCCCAAGAACAUGGAACGCGAACAACUUGAGAAGGUUCUACUCCUGA